CGCCGGCGAAUGCACUGUCGACGAGCGCUGCUGCAAAUAAGCCGAGCGCGCGGCCGUACUGUUCUCUACUCAUCGUCGCAGACUGCUCACCCACCACUACUGACUGCUAACCCUGCCAGGCCGCGAAGCUUGGCACGUACCUCGACUGAAGGGCCCGACGGCUCGCAGAAGAAGCAUCGAAGCAGACUGAUGCUUGCAGCCCUGUAGCUCGCCGGACUGGGUGUGCCUGACUGCAACGGCAAGGUUCUCGGCGUGAACGGUCUCUGACGACUACAUAGCACGACCGCGCCGUCAUGAUGUCCUCCGGACUUUUCCAGCAAUCCGCCGUGGAUGGAGCCGCGCCUGCCAUCGGUGAUAGUACACCCGCCACGAAGAGCGUUGCCAGACGGAGCAUAUCCAUCUUCAGUCGCAGAGGCGCCGACGACCUGUUUCCUCCACCGCUUUGCGUUGCCAGCUCUGCUGUGAGCGUGCCCACCACUGCACUUCGUCGCAGCUGGAACGGCAAGAGGCCGGCCAUGCCCUCGUUUUCGACGACCCGUGAACGAAGCAAACGCUCCUCUGCCAAAGGAACCGUACUGCACGCCGUACCUGCAGCCAAAGUGAUUGAAAUGACUGCGUUGGAGGAGAAAAUGGCCACCAGCCCUAACGAAGAGAUUCUGUCCGCCAUCAGCGACCAUCUGCCUGCGGCCAAGCACAUUGCCACCAGGUCAUCUUACGCUUCGAAGCCCACAUCAUUUCGACGAAGCAACCCACCAUCUCCGACCAAGAUGCGUUCAAGGCGACGUUCAGACACUGAUCAUCGCAUUGGCACCUGGAUUGAUGGCGUGGCAUACUUUGAUCAGAGCCCCAUUGACGACCAGCCGGCCCGGCACAUUGCAGACCUUGACGCAUCAAGAUCUAGCAUCCCAGCCGAGCAACCAAUUCCAUUCCAAUUUCCGGAGCCUAUGAAGGUCAAGUCAACUCCAAUACUGGCACACCCGAUGCCUCGACGAAUAAUUUCGAUGCCUUCAGCAACAGCAAUUCCAUCGCGCCUGAAGGCCACGCGAUCCAUGACCCCCGAAGCACAAUCUGGAUGUCCUAGGGCGAGCAGCCAUCGAUCGUACCCCUCGCAAUCAUCGUCUUCGAGCAAGUCAGCGACCGACGAGAGCUCCGUGUACAGCCGCUGCAGCUCUGCCACGACACUCGACACAAUCAUCACCGCCGACCAGCGCACAUUGCUUUCGCCUAGCAAAUUCUCUCUCGUAUCUCCAACCCAGGCUGGCGUAUUCGACGAUGUUUCCCCUCGCUCCAGCGUGAGCUUCGUUCAUCCAGUCGACUUCAACAAGGCCUUGCCUCCAAUCCCAGCGGAAACGCCGAGCCCGAGACCUGUGACGACGGCAGCUUCGCCUCCCGCACCUUUGACCAAAUCUCUCACAUCUGCUCGCAAUAGCAUGCAGAAAGCAGAGAUACUGCCUGCUCGUCGCUCAUUGGCCGAUUUGAGACUCAGUCGCCUGGCCUGGCGCGAGUCUGGUACGAUCAGCCCGACACUGAGCCAGGCAGAGUUUGCCGUCCGAGAUCAAUUGUCGGAGAUGACAAAAAUGCGGCCAGCUCCCCGCUCGAUCGAUGAAGCACAAGGCGAGUCGAAUGUAAGGCGCGGCAAUAGCGUGAAGGCCGUCAUGCAACCGCCUGCGCUGCCGAAGAGGUCGAGAAAGCGAGAUUGGCGUGCUAUGGAAGCCAAGGCACAACGAGCAAAUGUCCCUGCAGCGCCUGCUCGCAGACAGUCUUUCGAUGAGCUGCCCCGUGCUACUCGUAUGAAGAGUGGUCUACCACUGCGCAGAAUGGCAAGCUUUUCGCACAACCAUGCUAGAUCGGAGCCCAUGGUGGCUUUACCACGACUGUCCGAGCGCGAAGUGAGUUCGCAGCACGACGCGGAAACACUCGCUUCGCCGAUCAGCUCCGAACUGGAUCGUAACGAUGUUCCGUCGUCCCCAAACGCAGCAGAGAUAGUGCUGCUAAAUAUCCUGUGCUCGCUCUCAUCACUCACUGAUCUUCGCAACACCGCCAUCAUCAACAAAGGCAUGUAUCGAAUAUACAAGCAACACGAAAUGCGGCUAGUCCAAACCGUUGUCCGCAACAUAUCGAUGCCAGCUCAUGAGCGUCAAGAAUGGAUUCAAUCGCAAGACGUCACACAGAGCCCUGAGCUUUCUAUCGCUAGGCCACGACGCACACCUCGAACAUACCUCUCGCACUAUCGAAACGAUCUCACUGUCAUCAGGCAGAUCAAAGCCUUGGUUCAUGAGAGAUGUCAGACUUUCAUCAGGCGUGAAACUACUUUCGCUCUGUCGACUCCCACACAUCCCCACUCACAGAGAUUCGACGAUGCCUUGUGGCGAAUCUGGUGCUUCUGCACCAUCUUCGGCAGUCGCAAAGGCCGUGAAGAUGACAUAACUGGCCAGCUAGACUGGCUCAAAGGUGGAGUAGUUAACGAGCACGAGGGCUGCGCCGCCACUGUCAACACAAACCUGGAAUUCGAUAUGUCGAGCGUCCUGCUGAAUGCACCAGAGCAUUUCGCAACUGCAAAUCGCGGUGGCCUGACUGCAGCGCAAUUGUACGACAUCACCGAGAUGUGGACCUGCCUUUCUUCUCUUUUACAAGGAUACAGCGGCCGUGUUGAUCAAGCGAGGGAAUACGGCGUCUACGACAAUUGUGAUGUGGCACCAGGGGAUAUUUACGAAGAGGAACGUUUCCUCGAAGAAUGGCUCGCGCACAUCCUGACAUUGGGACCAUCGGUGGUGCUGGAGCUGGCACUCUUAGCAUCAGACCACAGUCCGGCUGGGUUUGCCCUAGCCAAACAGAAUGGCUGGACAGAGUGGUCACUACCCGUCUACAACAGCAGUUUCAACAAUUUCUUGAAAGAGCCAGUUGCAAUCGUCUACUCCGAGCAAAUCGCCGCAGCAAAACUCCAACGACAAGAUCCUCGAGAGCAAGAGGCGAAAGAAAUGAGUCGCAAAAGGGUUGCAUCAAUGGCUGCCGAGAUCCGUCUACGUCGACAGACGAGCGAGUAUCGGCGUCUACCACUCAUCGGAAUGGACGAUGAAAGACCCAUGAGCGUUCUUUCACGAGUGAGCAGUGUCUCGACUUCGUCGCGUGGCACGGCUUAUUCUGCUUAUGCGCCGACUGCGCCAUCACAAAGAUCUUUUGGGACAUCGUCGUCAGCCUUUCCAUCGACAAUCACUUCGAGGCCAUCCAUAAGUCCCAUUCUGGAGUAUGAAACCCAGCAGCACAGCCUACCAGACGGCGUGCCGCUUCAGAGUUGCGAUCUCGCACUGAGGAAAUUGGUAGAGUUGGGCUUUCCUGUCACGCUUUCAAGAGAAGCGCUACGAGUUACAGACGAUGGAGGAUCUGUGCGCGUAGACCGUGCCAUAGACUAUCUUCUGCGUCAGAGGAGGCAGUAGGCAGACUAUAUACUACUGCGAUGUAUACACAGCGCAGUAUUCUACUGUUUGAUAAUCCUAGCCUCCAGUUAUUUGAUCGACCACAGCAAUCAGCAUGUACAAUAUGCCUUAUCAUAGUCCCAACAAUUUCUUGUUCUUCUUAAUUACCUUCCUCAGCGCAUUCUCCCUCUCCUCAGCAUACUUUUGUGCCUCCCUCAAUUGUCUCUCCGCAACAUCCGCGCUGGGCACAUUCUGCUCUGCAGCCGCAGCAGCAGCCGCCGCCGUCGGACCAGCUGGAACAGCCGGAUGCUGCGCUCUCGCCUGCAUAGAAGCCGCAGAAGGCGGCGGCGUCACAGGCGGCAUGACAAACUCAUUGAUA